AUUUAUUUACAUUAACCUCAGAUUACUCGGUUUGUCUUGUAAAAACGUGCUGUAUGUUUAUCCUAUAACAAAAAUAUUAUUUUAUUUUAAAGAUAAAUAUGGGGAAAAAAGAUAAAAAUAAGAAAAAGUUAAGUGGCACGGCAAAAACGGCAAUUAAAACGGAAAAAAAAUUAAAUGCUAAACAGAAGAAAGAAUUAGCAGCUCUUGGAGAGGAGGAUAUAGAAAAAGUUAUUGCCGAUAUUGAACGGGAAGAAGCUCGUAGACAACGUGUUGUAGAAGUUGUAGUUGAACCACCAUCUCGUAGGGUUAAUUUUUCUUUUAUAGCUCAUCCCUUUAAAGAUGAACUUAUUAUGUUUGGUGGAGAAUUCCAUGAUGGUCAAAAAACCACUGUAUAUGGUGACAUGUUUACUUAUAAUUUAAAUAAAAAAGAAUGGACAGUGAUAAAAGCACCAGGUGCUCCACCACCUCGAUGCGGUCAUCAAGCAAUAGUUACUUCUACAAAUAAAGGGGAAAUGUGGAUCUUUGGUGGGGAAUUUUCUAGUCCAUCAGAAUUACAAUUUUAUCAUUACAAAGAUUUGUGGGUUUAUAGAAUGGGAGAGAAAAAAUGGGAAAAAAUAAUAUCUCCUGGAGGCCCCUCAGCCAGAAGUGGUCAUAGAAUGAUUCACAUGAAAAAGAAAUUAAUAGUAUUUGGAGGUUUUUAUGAUAAUCUUAGAGAUUGUAAAUAUUAUAAUGAUAUUUACAUGUUUAAUUUGGAAACAUAUACAUGGCACAAAAUUGAAUGCUCUGGAAAUCCGCCAGCACCACGUUCUGGAUGUAUAAUGUUACCUACGUCUGAAAAACUACUUGUUUAUGGUGGCUAUAGUAAAGAAAAAGUUAAAGCAGGAGUUGAUAAGGGACAAAUUCAUACAGACAUGUUCUUGUUAUCUCCAGAUAAAAAUGAUCAGACCGGUCUUAAAUGGAAAUGGAUAUUAACGAAACAGACGGGUCUCAAAUGUUCUCCUCGCUGUGGUAUGACUGGUAUUUUAAUACAACCACAUAUAGCAUAUGCAUUUGGUGGAGUUUUUGAUAAUAUAGAUGAUGAAGAAGAAUUACAGGGAACAUUCUAUAAUGAUUUGUUAUCAUUAGACUUAGAAAAAUUCCAAUGGCAUGAAGUUACAUUGACUGGUAAAAGAGAACCACCAGGGCAACGUAAAAAAGAAAAGACACAAAAGGAAAACCAUGUAGACGAAUGUAAUUUACAUGGAGAUAACGAAAAUAAUGAUAUUUGUGAUAAUUCACUAACAGAUACAACUAAUUCUAAUAAACUCGUACAAACUCCCGUUACUUAUAUCGACGAAAAUGAAAUAUUUACAUUAACAGUUAGUUCAAGUGGUCCAUGUAACACACAGACAAAUAGUAUGGAAAAAAUUGAAAAUAUAUUCUUUCCUUCACCAAGAAUAAAUCCUGGACUUGUUGUAAAAAAUAAUAUUUUGUAUUUGUAUGGUGGUAUGCUGGAAGUUGGUGAUAAACAAUAUACUUUCAAUGACUUUUAUAGUUUAGAUUGUCGUAAAAUGGAUGAAUGGAAAACAAUAAUACAUGAUGAUUUAUCUUCACAAGAAUGGCAUAACACAAGUAGUUCUGAUUCAGAAGAAGAAGACGAAGACGAAGACGAUGAUGACACGAGUAAUAAUUCCUCUAGUAAUGAGCAAUAAUUUAUUUUAUCAUAAAAACAUUAUUUAUUAAAUUAUUAUAAUUAAUUAAUUUUACUGGUUUAAUACAUUUUUUGAAAUAUAAAUGAUUUAAUUGUUUACGAAUAGGUAUAUGGUUGUUGUGAUAUUUAUGAUUAUCUUAAAGCUUUAUCAUCAUUUCUAUUUUUCUAAUGAUUUAUACCAACAAUGAGUACAGUUGUAAUUCUUGAACGAUUUUGAUGAAUAAGAUCAUAUUUUAAAGAUAAAGGUUCAAACGAAGACACGGCUUUUUCGAACUUUUGAAAAAGUUUUAUUUUCUCUGAAAAAAAAAUCGUAUCAAAAAAUGGUAUUUUUUCGGCAAUGGUUUAUGCAUAAAAAUAAAGCUUCUAGUAAACAAGAAGAAGCUACUAUCUUCCCUACAUUUUUUUUUAAUAUAAGAUUUUCUGAUCCAUUUCAAACGCAAGGAAACGCGUUUCCACAUUAAAUGAACUUUGGACAAAUGAUUUUAUGAUAAAAAUAAGCAAAUAUAGGUUUAGUCAUUCAUGCUAAUGACUUUUAAGAAUGAUAUAUAAUUUUGGAAUAAUUUCAUAAUUAUUUAUAAAUAAUUAUUUAUUGAAUUUAUUAUUAAUAAAAAUACAUUUUAUUAAUAA